AUGAAUUAAAAUUAGAAUGAGGAAGGUAAUAUAUUUAUACACAAAAUAGCUCCUAAAAAGCACACCAUAGUUCUCUGCACUGGAAACGUAAUUAUAAAUUCUAAUCAUCUAGAAAAAUAAACUUAAGGAAUUUAUUCAAAUUAUGGGAGAUCAAUUUCACAUUGAUUCUGAACCUGUAGAUUGUAAUUCAUUAUUAUUAUUCACCAGUGCCUGAGUUAUAAGGGCCACCUCUUUAAAUAGCAAAAGAGAAAGCCUUGCUCGCAUAUGAGAAAAUCGGAAAGGCCUGUGUUACAGAGGAUACUUCAUUAUGCUUCAAUGCUCUUAAUGGAAUGCCUGGCCCUUAUGUGUACAUAUGGUUAAUUGUUCUAAAAUAGGAAGUGGUUUUUGGAUGCAGCAGGACCUGAGGGAUUAAGCAAAAUGUUAGAUGGAUUUGAGGAUAAGACAGGUUAUGCUCAAUGCAUUUUAUCUUAUAUGGGACCAGAAUUAAAGGAACCAUUACAAUUUGUCGGAUAAACUUCAGGAGUAAUUGUGCGACCGAGAGGACCUAGAAAUUUUGGCUGGGAUCCAAUCUUUUAACCUGAUGGAUAUACAGAUACGUAUAGAUUAGAAAUAUUUAAGAUAUGCCGAAAUGGAUAAGGAUUUGAAGAAUAAAAUAUCUCAUAGGCUUAAGGCAAUCCAAAAAUUCAUUGAUCAUUUUCUAGUAAAUUGAG